GUAUGUGGAGAACGGCGACGUCGUAGGCAUUUGCGUCAGCGGUGGCCUGGACUCGAAGACCGUGGCGCUGAGGCUCCGCCUGGCAGGUGUGAAGGUCAAAUGCUUCACUGCUGACAUCGGCCAGCCAGAUGAGGAGGAUGUGAACGAUGUGGUGAAGAAGAUGGCGCCCUGUGGGGUGGAGACGAUUGUCGUCGACCUCAAGGACGAGAUCGCGGAAGGAGCCUUCGAGGCCGUCGCUGCCCAGGCCAUGUACGAUGGAGGAUACUGGCAGUCGACCGGCAUCGGCCGCUACGUCACUGCGAGGGGCUUGCUAGCAGAGAUGAAGAAACAUGGCUGCACCGUCCUCUCCCACGGGGCGACGGGCCGUGGCAACGACCAGGUGCGCUUCGAGCGAUACGUGAAUGUCAUCGAUCCGUCCUUCAAAGUCUACGCCCCCUGGCGAGAUCCCGUGCUGUUGGAGGAGUUCCCAGGGCGCUCGCAGAUGCUGACAUUCCUGCAGAAGCAUGGCAUCGACCACAAGAUCGUCUCGCAGGCCUCGAAGCGCUACUCCACGGAUGCGAAUAUCUGCGGGCUGAGCAACGAGGCAGAGGACCUGGAGUCCAUGCAGACUCCCAUCACCAUCGUGAACCCGGUCAUGGGCGUCUGGCCCAAGGAUGCUCCAGACAAGCAGGAGGAGAUCACCCUGAAGUUUGAGAAGGGAAGGUGCACCCAGAUCAACGGAAAAGCAGUGACUCCACUGCAGGCUGUCCAGCAGGCGAACACCAUCGCCGGUCGUAACGGCAUUGGCUUGUGCCAAGCCCUGGAGAACCGAAUUUUGGGCACCAAGUCCCGCGGUGUGUACGAAGCUCCGGGCAUGGCGCUGCUCGGCCAUGCAGUGACCUGCGUGUACAUGGCAGUGCUGGACCGGAGGUCUACUCUUCUCUUCCGGCAGCUUAGCGCCCAUAUCUCCGAUCAGAUCUAUGACGGCCGCUACUUCGAUCCCUCCACUCGCACUGCCAUCAACGCAGUGUGGCAGCUGGCAGAGCCUGCCUCAGGAACAGUCAAGCUGGGGCUGCACAAGGGCCACAUGAACUUCCUGGCCUUGACGGACUGCGCGCAGAGCAUCUACUUCGAGGAGGACUCCUCCAUGGAGGCUUCUGCAGGCCUGAACCCGGCCAGCUCCCAGGGCUACCUCGAAGUCUCCUCCGUGGAGGCUAAGGCCAUGGCGAAGGCUGGCCUCAUCGACACGGGCAGUGUCUGGGCCAAGCGACAGAAGAAGUGA